AUGGACGAUCUACGUUUUCGUUGGUUAAAGGAUUCUAUUUAUACGAUAUUAAAUAUUAAUGAAGUUGAUCCAGCUUUUGAAGAUUUUUUGGAGGGCGAAGAUGGUGCGCAUGAAUUAAUGAUUGCGAAAUUUCUUAAUCAAGCUGAUUCAAAUGUUGAUGAUGAAAAUGCUUUACUAUUCUACAAAGAAGUAUUCGAAGAACUACGCGAAGAGCAAGUUGAAAUAACCGAAGAAGAAUGGAUUGAAGAACAACUUGCGAUGAAUCCUGAUUUCGAUCCCAAUGAAGAAGGAACAGUGACAAAUAUUGGAAGUGAUGAACAGCAAUCAUCAGCUGUAAAUGAUGCAGCACCAGCAGUUCCAAAUGGAACCUCAGAUAAUGUUGAACAAACAGGUGAUGGAGCCAAUGGAGAGGAUGGAAAUAAAACGCCUGAAGAAAAACAAAAACCAAAACGAUUUCGAAAUGAACUUGUUAAAUAUCUUCGUACACUCCUUUAUACAUGUCGUGAUUUUUAUCCAUCAAAUUUAAGUAAAAAGAAUUGUGUCUAUUUUUUACGUACCACAUCAGGAACAGUACAUACACCGUCAUCAAUAGAAGAUGCUGAUAAAACCAUGGUUAAAUAUUUUGAUUAUGGUUUAUUGAAUGGACAUACACUCCAUUUACUUGCUAAUACACUGAAUAAAGUUUAUAAUCCAUUAUUAACAUAUCAAAAUGAUAUUGAAGAGCCCGAUGUGAGUGAGAAACAUCGAGCUUCAUCAUCGAAGAGCGGAAGUAAAAAAGGUGACGGCCCAACAGAAAAAGAAUCAGAAGAAACUGAAGAAGAAAAACGAAAUGAAAAACGUCGUCAACAUGAACUCGAAUUACGAGCUGUGUUACGUGAUGAAUUUUUGAUUCAAUUACAAAAAUUUCUUAAUCAAAUUGGUCUCACACUUCGUCAACUAGAAGGCGAAGUACGUCUUGAAUUACCACCACAAUUCGAUGUUACUAAACUUGUACGAUCAAAUAAAGAUGCAAUUGAACAUGCCGAAAGUGUUGUAUAUAAAUGGAACGGAGAAAUUCGCGAAGCACUUGAGCGUGAAUUGAAAAAAACACCACAAACAGCUGGCCCAUUAGGCGAAAUCGAUUGGUGGCGUGAACGAAAUAUUUCGUUGAGUAGUUUAUUUGAACAAACCAAACAGGAACAUGUUGAACAAGUACUUGAAAAACUUGAAACAGCAGAAAAUGCAGCACCAUCAUCAUUUCGUGAUACUCGAACUGAUCUAUCAAAAUAUUAUCUAGAAGCUAAAGACAAUGUCAAAUUUUUGUCAACACUUGAACGUCAUUUUAAAAAUGUAACACAUGGCGCAACAUUUCGUGUUGUUACUGAAACUAUACCAAAAAUGAUGAGUGCAUUACGUAUGGUUUGGAUUAUAUCUCGACAUUAUAACCGAGAUGAACGUAUGGUACCAUUAAUGGAACGUAUUGCUAAUCAAUUGUGUGAUCGUGUUGCACGUAGUAUUAAUGUUCGAACAUUAUUUAGUUAUCAACCUAGUGAAAUUAUUGAAAAAUGUACAGAAGCUAAAGACAUGUUAGAACGUUGGAAACAGGCUUAUUAUGAUGUUCGAGCUGAAAUUGAACAAUCUGGCCGUGAUUCACGAUGGGAAUUUGAUAAUAAACGUUUGUUUCGAUUAACUGAUCAUAUGGCUAUUAUUUGCAAUGAUUUCAUUGCAAUCGCAAAAGAACUUGAGCAAUUUUAUAAUAUAUUUACGCCUGAGCUUAAAUCUGUUACAGGAAAACCACAUAAAAUAAAUGAAAUUCUUGAUCGUGUACAUAAAGUUUUAGAAUUAAUUGAACAUGCUCCUUGCGAUCCAUUUCGUAUUGAAGAUCUUGAUAAAUGGAAAAUGGUAUCGGCCAAUUAUGGUCAACAAAUUGAAGAAAUCGAUGAACAAACAAAAAGUUUCAUUUCAGAAUCAUUUAAAAGCUUACGCUCGGCCGAAAGUGCAUUUGAUAUGUUAUUGAAAUUUGAAAAGAAUAAUACUCGUAUGACUAUUCAAGAUGAAAUGCACAAACGAUUCAAUGAUAUUUUACGACAAUAUGAUAAUGAAGUCACCGAGAUCAAUAGUAUCUUUCAACAUAGAAAAACAAAUCCACCUGUUAAUAAAAAUCAACCGCCUUUCUCUGGUGCUAUUGCUUGGAGUCGUUCAUUAUUUCGACGUAUUAAACAUACAAUGUUACGUUUACAUACAAAAGAAGCUUUGAUGCAAACAGAACUUGGCAAACAAAUUAAAGGCUACUAUCUUCGUGUAGCAAGGGAAAUGAAAGCAUUUGAAGAUGGAAAAUUCAAUGAAUGGAAAUUGCGUACAGAACAAAUUUUGCCAACAUUACAAAAACGAAAUGUUCUCAGAGAACUACCACCCGGAGAAAAUGAUAAUCCUCUUACACCUCGAUAUGCAAUCGAUUUCGAUCCACUACUUAAUGAAAUGAUGACUGAAGCCAGAUAUCUUGAACAAUUUGAUUAUAUUCUACCAGAAAAUAUUCGACAUUUAGCAUUAAGCGAAGAAAAAAUGAAACUAUUAUCGACACAACUAAAAAUCGUGCUCAAGAACUACCAUCGCCUUGUUGAAUCACUUGAGCCUCAUGAACAAUCAUUACUUGAAGAGAAUCUACGACAUUUGAAGCGUCAUAUGCAAACAGGAACUCAACGUCUACCGUGGACAUCAACUAAUCAUGAGAAAUUUAUAACUGUCAUAUCUGAACUUAUUUCCAAACUCGAUUCAACAAUAAAUCAAAUCAAAAAGAAUUCACAAGAUAUUCAUGUUUUUCUUGAUGAAAUACGUCAAUGUAAUCUUUUCCGUGAACCACCACCCAAUGUUGAUGGUUCGCUUGUUCAUUGCAAAGAGUACUUUGAAUCUGUUGAAAAUCGUCGACGACAAGAUGCAAUUGAGUUACAGAAAAAAUACAAACUUAUUGGUCCACUAAUAGCAAAAGUUGAAGGACUUGUUUUCAGUACAAACACAUCUCAAUCGCCUAAGAUGAAAGUUUAUUAUGCUUAUUGGGAAAGACAAAUAUUUUCAGCUUUAUCUGAUCUUGUCAUGGAGAAUUUGAAAUCAUUACGUGACACAUUAGAACAUGGUUCAAAACCAUUGUUUCAGGUAGAUGCUUUACUUGUUGUGCCUAAUGUAGCUAUGCAACCAAACCAAAAUGAAAUUAUGAAAUUAUUCGGUCAAUCAAUGCGAGAUUGUGUUGAGAUGUAA